AUGGUUAUGGCAACCAUAGCGUCUCUUCCCGUCGAACUCUUGUUCAUGGUGAUCGAAGAGGCCAAGUACCACAAAGGCCUCAAAACUUUACGAUGCGUCAAUAAGCUCUUGUGUGAGCUGGUGGAACCCAUCCUCUUCGAAACCGUCGUUUUUGAUUCCAAAUCGAAACUCGGAAGCAGUUUGGAGAUGUUGUGCGCAGUAUCGGAUUCGGAUAGCCAGCGGAGUAGGCCUAUCGGCUUAUAUGUCCAGUGCCUCAUCAUCCGUUGCUUUGGCCGAGUCUUUUCGGGUCCGAGGACAUUGUCUAGUAAUCGAGAAGACGAUUCGGACCUUCUUCGGAAGAUGAAACCGGACGAAAUACAACGGGAAUUUGACGAGAGGCUGUUAAAAGCGUUGGGUUCGCUCAAACGAUUGAAAUCUGUUCAAGUCUUCUCCGGUUUUGACUGUCUCUCCCCAUCUUCCCUCUGGUCUUCUCUUCUCACGCACCACAUCUCUCUAACUAGCCUAAUCGUCUGGGCUAAAACCGAAAAGUCCCUCUUGGAUUAUCUCAAUUCGUACUCCGGCAUUAAGGAGUUGAGGAUUCAUAGGGCAUGGGUAUCAUCAGAUACAACGGUUGACCGUGAACUGGCGGAGUACUUUGUGGAAACCGUGUUACCGAGACAUCAACAGACGCUUAGGGAUUUGACGGUCACUGCAGCAGAAGAGGGGCCGUGGGCGGCUGCAAGGUGGAAUUCUGAGCAGUACGAGGUGGGUGAGGAAUUGAGAAGUCUUGAGGUGAGCGUGAACUCGGAGGAAGUUGGUCCAGGGGCCGAGGAGGACGCUGUGACUUCAAUACUAUCCGUCGCCCACCGCCUCCGAAAUCUCCGAUGCGUAUCGUUCUGUACUGCUGACAGUAGACGGUGGGGAUCCUCGUGGGGGUGGCUUUCUCAACAACACGAGCCCCAUACUAUCGCGUUGAUAACUCAACGAGUGUUGAAUUUCGGUAUUCCGCAGGAUUCCCAACGCGAGUCACCAAACGUUGAAGUUGACGGACAGGUUUAUAAGCCAAAGCUUGGCGAGGAUGGCGAUUUCAGAUAUUCCCCGACGAUGUCUGAAGAAGAGGCGAAGAUUAGGAGAUGGAGGCAACAGAAGGCCCAAUUGUCAAUUUUGUGACGGGCUCUAAUCGAUGCUUAGCGGAUGGGAGAUGUGUAUUUGUACGAGUCUGUUCGCAAACGGCCAACGGGCGAUUAUGCCAAUAUACUUACACUUCCUGC